ACCCCGCAUGAGGUAAGACCGCGGUGCCGGGUCUGAGAAAAAUUGCGUUUUUUUGGUGAAAACUAAAAGCGGAAAUACGCAAAAUGGCCCUACUGGUGCGCUACAUCACCCUGCCACAGUGGUCACGAACGGCCCAGACACUGGGCUAUCGUAUGCAAUCGACAGCACCGCGCUUGGUGAACGAAGAUCGUGGAGGUUUCGGGCAGGAUGAAGAAUUCCGUGUAUUAAACUUGCGGCAGGUGAAAAAUCAACGUGCAGCUCGCCGAAAGGCAAUCCGGCCGGAUGUACCCCCACCACGGUCACAACAGAUGGCAACGGAUCAGGAUUGGGGUGCGGUUUGGCCCGGACCCCGUAGCUUCCAUCCUGCCUCCGUUCCACUGCCCCUUCGGCAGGGUUACGCGACCAAGAAGAACCAGAUGGCACCGGGCAAGUUUGCGAACGCGGAAUUGAUAAAGAUUCCCAACUUUCUGCACCUCACACCACCGGUCAUUAAGCGGCAGUGCGAAGCGCUGAAACAGUUCUGCACACCCUGGCCGAAGGGACUGGAGUCGGAGGAGAAGAUGCGAAGGCACUUCCCGUUGACCUGCAUUACGGCUGAUUACUGUCAUGCGCUACCCACGAUACGCAAUCCGUUGUCGCGCAUCGUCACCGUGCAGCUACAGCUCGGUGCACUGCAGCUCGAUCGUCAUGCCAAAGAUAAGCUGCUGCGGUUGGUCGGUGAACGGUAUGAUGCUGAGAGUGAUGUGCUGACGAUCGUUACCGAUCGUUGUCCGCUGAAGAAGCAGAACUACGACUAUGCGAUCUACCUGAUCACAGCGCUGUACCACGAGUCGAACGUGGUGGAACCGUGGGAAGCGACCAAGAGCGAAGCGGAUAUGGAGUAUUAUGAUUUUGAACGGAAUUGCAGCAAAAAGAAUGCCGAAGCGACGCUGAAUUGGGGUAGGAAGGAGGGUGAUGCGGACUGGGCGCCCUGCCCGAGCGAGUUCGCCGAUGCCGUGGCGAGGCUGUUUAACGACGGGGAAAACGCUUAUAAUUUGGACAAGUAUAAGGAGCAAUCGUUAGCCCUGUUGGGACUUCAGGCACCCGCAGCCGUAGCAGCGCAGUAGCAUUUUGUGUUCGUAGUGUAGGAUGUGGACGGAGCAGAAGAUCGCUAGAAAUGUAUAAUGUAGUCCUCGGCAGGAGGAUGCAACAAAUUGUCUUGUUUUAGUGGAAUAAUUUCGGUUUUCAA